AUGAGAGAGUCCAUUCUUUCAGUCCUUAUUUUCUUCUCUCUCCUGCUCAUUGCCCAAGCAAGAGAUGAUGGCCGUAUGAAAUACAACUUCAACUCUGGGUGGAAAGUACUCGUGGGCAAUCCUGCGUCUGCACAGUCGCCUUCCUUCAACGACAACGGUUGGAAGGACGCAACACUCCCCCACUCGUGGAAUGAAGAUGAUGCUUUCCGCGUGGACAUUGCCAACCUGUCCACCGGAAUUGCCUGGUACCGGAAACACUUUGACCUGCCCGCCACGAGCCGGAAUAAGAAAGUCUUUCUCGAGUUCGAAGGCAUCCGCCACGCCGGGGAGUUUUACCUUAAUGGCAAGUGGAUCGGUCGCAGCGAGAACGGGGUCAUGGCCUUUGGCUUUGAUGUCAGCGAUGUCACGCUCUACAAUCAAACCAACGUCCUCGCGGCUCAAAUUGACAAUAGCUGGACGUACAGGGAGAAGGCAACCAGUACGCCAUACCAGUGGAGCGACAAGAAUUUCUAUGCCAACUACGGCGGGAUCAACAAGAACGUUUUCCUGCAUGUUACGGAUCGACUGUACCAGACUCUACCGUUGUACUCCAAUCUGCAGACCACCGGGGUUUACAUCUAUGCCACCGACCUGGAUAUACCCCGCAAGAGCGCUACGAUCAACAUAGAAUCGCAAGUUCGCAACGAGUAUCCACAAGCCAGGACAUUCCAGUACCAAGUUGAAAUCCACGAUGCCGUGCAGGGUAAGAAACUCAAAACAAUCACCGGCGGCCGGUACACCCUCCAAGCAAACGAGACCCGGACCAUCCGCACCGCAACACACCUCUCCGACAUAAACUUCUGGAGCUGGGGAUACGGCUACCUCUACGACGUCCGGACCUCGCUACUCCUCAACAACCACGCCAUCGACUCCGUCAAAACCCGUACCGGCUUCCGCAAGACCGAGUUCACUCACGGCGCGUUCAAGCUCAACGACCGCACCCUCCACCUAAAAGGCUACGCCCAACGCACAACAAACGAAUGGCCCGCCCUCGGCUGCGCCGUCCCACCCUGGCUCUCCGAUUUCUCGAACAGCCUCGUCCUCGCCAGUAACGCCGCCCUUAUCCGCUGGAUGCACGUCACCCCAUGGAAACAAGACGUCGAGUCCCUCGACCGCCUGGGCCUGCUCCAGGCCCUGCCGGCGGGCGACUCCGAAGGCGACGCAACAGGCCGGCGCUGGGCGCAGCGCACGGAGCUCAUGCGCGACGCAAUCAUCUACAACCGGAACAACCCCAGCGUCAUCUUCUACGAAGCCGGCAACCACGGGGUCUCGGAGGCGCACAUGAGCGAGAUGAAGGCUCUGCGGGAUACGUACGAUCCGCAUGGGGGCCGCGCGGCGGGAUCGCGCGAGAUGCUGAAUAGCUCCGUGGCGGAGUACGGGGGCGAAAUGCUGUAUAUCAAUAAGGGGGCGCGCAUCCCCCUCUGGCAGAUGGAGUAUAGUCGUGACGAGGGGUUGAGGAAGUACUGGGAUGACUGGUCGCCGCCGUAUCAUGUGGACGGGGCGGGGCCGCCGUACAAGGGGGAGGAUGCGAGCGAGUACAACCGCAACCAGGACUCGCAUGCGGUGGAGAAUGUGCGGCGAUGGUUUGAUUAUUUCGAACAGCGGCCCGGGACGGGGACGAGGGUUAAUGCCGGUGGGGUGAAUAUUAUAUUUUCUGACUCGAAUACACACCAUCGAGGAGCGGAGAGUUACCGACGGUCCGGCGAGGUGGAUGCUGUCCGGCUGCCGAAGGAUGGGUGGUACGCGCACAAGGUGAUGUGGGAUAGCUGGGUUGAUGUCGAGCGUUUGGCAGGACAUAUCAUCGGGCAUUGGAACUACAACGAUAGUACGGUCAAGGAUGUCUAUGUUGUUUCCACGGCGGAAGAGGUGGAGCUGUUUCUGAAUGGCAAGUCUGUGGGCAAGGGCGAGCAGAGCAGCCGAUUCCUCUUCACUUUCGCCAAUGUAACUUGGCAGUCUGGCACGAUCAGGGCCGUAGGACAGUUGGGCGCUCGUGGAUCCGUGCUGGACACGAAGACGACUGCUGGCGAGCCCGCCAGUAUCCGGUUGACGCCUCAUACCGGGCCAUCUGGAUUUGUGGCUGACGGUGCGGAUAUUGCCUUGGUGGAUGUUGAGGUGGUCGAUGCAGAGGGCCAAAGGAACCCCAUUGCUCUGAGCAUCAUUGACUUUGCUCUUUCUGGCGAGGCUUCCUGGCGUGGCGGAAUUGCGCAGUGUGCCGACAACUGCAUCCUGUCAACUACCCUCCCAGUCGAAAACGGAAUCAACCGGGUCAUGCUGCGGUCUACAACAAGAGCCGGCAAGGUGACUCUGACUGCUACAUCCGACGGGCUCAAACCAGCCACGAUCAUCCUCAACACCAAGCCAUUUGCCAGUAAGGGCGGGUUGAGCACCGUUAUUCCCGGGUCAGAUCUUCCUUUUGUUCUCUCUCGUGGUCCGACACCGUCGAGUGAAUCAUACACCAUCUCUCGCAAAGCUGUGGAGGUUCUGAACGUCACUGCUGGAUGUGACACGGAGGACAUGAUCAGUUCCUACGACGAUGACGAGGAAACAGAGUGGUCCUGUGACGGGAACAAAAACAGCACCUGGAUCAAGUACUCUUGGGACGGCCCAGUCAAUGUGUCGCAGAUGGUUAUGAAGCUGCACAGCUUCCGAACGACAAAGUAUCCAGUUCAGAUCAGUGUGGACGACAACGUAGUCUAUGAAGGGAGCACCCCGACUUCUCUGGGUUAUGUGACGUUGGAUCUCAAUGCUACUGUUGGCCAGAGUGUGACGGUGGCUUCAGAGGACGGCGAUCUGGGAAUUAUCGAGGCGGAGAUCUACGCACCGGCAUAA